AUGCAACAUUCCAAAAGCUGCGAUUGGCCCGAAGAGGACGGACGAAAGGUGAAGCGGCAGAGAAGCAGGUCCUUGUCUCAAUCAUCCGCCAAGAGCUCCCAGGGUGGAGCGGAUCGCUUUGGCGCUCUCGAGCUCAAUGACCAAUUCGCACCACCUCCCUUACCAAUCCUGGAGGAGGGAAGCGAGCAUAGCUUCCAUAAUGUAGAGCCACCACGAGGAGUGCCCGCCUCGCGGAAAGAUGACUCGAAGAACAUGUCUCGAGGAUCCUCCACAGACGACAGCCGCCGCUCAUCUGCAAGCGAUACUCCAUACACGACCGUUCACUAUUACAGACAUCACGGCCCAACUGCCAUAGCUCCAGGUCAUAAGCAAAUCUCUCUCAAAGCGCGCGACGAUGCACCAGAGGGUACGGCGGGUGCUCACAAUUUGGGUCCGCCCGGAGAGCCUCGCGUUUCAGGCGGCGAUUCUGCAGCGAUUGAUGGACUUUCCAUCGUUGACUCUCGGACAGGGCUGCCAGAAUCAAAGCUACUUUCCCACAUUCUAGAUGCAUAUUUCAAUUACUAUGGCGACAUCUACUGUUUCAUGAAUCGAAACUACCUGAAUCAGUCAAUUGCCCAGGGCAGGGCUUCUACGUUUCUAAUCUGGGCAAUUGCAGCCCUUUCCUCUCGAUUUUGCGAGCCUGAGAUCUUUGUACCAUAUUUCUCGCCAAUACCAGAGGACACGAAGCGUGAGGCUUGGGAAAAUGCUUCACCUUUUCUUGAAAAGGCCAAGUCAAUGGUCGUCUCAGCUAUUAAUCUGCCUACGAUAGACGGUGUUGCUGGUCUUCUGCUGCUGGCGUUUGCAGACUUUGGGGACAACAACGAAGCAGGCCUUUGGAUGUACACAGGAAUGGCACUUCGCAUGGCACAAGAAUUAGGAUUGCAACGACAACGCAGUGAAAGGCGCCCUAGUCGGCAAAUUGAAGACCCUGGAGAAACAAGCCCUCAGAACGAGGUCGUUGAGCCGGAAGCCUUCCACGAUUCAGCCGAAAUCAUCUUAUUCUGGGCUGUUUUUGUUUCCGAUGCCGCCCUUUGCAACGGUACUGGAAGGGUUCCUGGCCUCAAACCCCACGAGAUGAAUGUGAGGCUGCCAACCAGCGUAGACGUAGCGAGAGUAAGAGCGGGCCCCAGUAACCGCACGAAAGUCCGGUCGGCUGAGGUCUACCCUGAGAUGGUCAAGAUCAUGCUUCAGGUGUCUCAAUCGAUCGACUUCCUCAACACGGGAGCGAGUCAAAUUAGUCACCCGUCGAACCAAGGACUCGAUGAUCGCAUCGGGCGCAUCAAUAGCUUGCGGAGCAACAUGAUGCAAACUUAUCGCACCCUUCCCAAAGAGGUCUCAUUUGGUGCCAUGCCGUACCGAGCGGCCGUGGAAGCUGCUCAAGCUGGCCCUUACUUGCUGCUGCACCUGCAGUAUCAUCUUCAGAUCGCCUUCCUCUGCCAAGAAAGCUUCGUUGAGCAAGGCGUGGUGAAAUUUGCCGGACAAGAUUCGAAUGCUCUAGCCGACAGGAGGGCAAAAGACCUUUACAAAAACUCCAUUAAGGCAAUCACCGAUCUGCUGACAAUCGCAAAGUUGAUCGACGACCGGCCAACAGUCUCCUUGGUUUACCUCAACCAGGCGUUUUUCCACGCAGCUGCUGCUUAUGUGCGUGAUAUGCUCGAGAGCAAAUCUGAAGAAUCACCGGAUGCGCUUUCCCCAGCCGCGUUCCCGAUCCCCAGCCAAACCUCGCCAUCGAUGGUGCUGCCUCAAGACGAACUCAAUAUACCGCUCUCGAAUGCCUCAGACACUGCGAGGAAGUCGACGCAAGGCUUCCUUGCUCUGAUCGCCCGAGCGAAUCACCAAUUCCUUCGUCAGGCUAUCAAAGAUCAACAUCGAGUUUACGCUGGCUCAGGAUGGGUAGACGCUGUUCUGGAUCAGCGCGAGACUGGCCUUAGAGACGUCGAUCUAUCGAUUGUCAGCGACUCGAUCAGCACAUUCAUUCGUCUGCAGAAUCUUCGAGGACCCGGUGCAUCAGAAGCUGCCUUGCAGACUAUUGUUCCCCCAGGAGCGCAAGGAGGCCCACCAACUAACAAUCUCCUUGAUCCCAGUAACUUUUCAUGGGAUGAUUUCUCAGCCGACAACAUUGGGAACACCGAGCUGAAUUUCGACCCGCAUGAAUUUUUCAAUGCAUACAUGAGCGCAAGCGAACAAUACAACAUACCAACUUGGUGCAUUAUGAUGUUCAGGUCAGAGCCGACACAGAUCUACGUGGCCUUUGUAGGAAAAGCAAAAACCUGGAACUACAGCCAGCGACGCAAGAAUGCUGUUCCAAGAGGCCACAUGCCUCAUUGCCGCAAACUCAUCGCGUCUAACGGCACUGAUUGUGAAGCCAACGGCCAAAGCGAGGCCAAGUCUCAGCAAAGAUACGUACUUGCAUUAGGUGAAUCCUUUCGACUAUAUCGAGUCCAGCAAGAGACCUUGCUUCCUCGCGUUUACAACAACAUGGCGCCCGUAGUCAACAGCGCCGAGAGCGCUGCUCUAGCCAGACGCAAGGCUCUCACGGGAGUAUCAGGUCCUGCAGCACUUGUCAAGAACCGCAAAGUGUUUGGUAUUGCUUGUUUUGCCUGUUUGGGAGGCUUCGUCUAUGGCUACAAUCAGGGUGUCUUCUCGGGCAUACUGACUAUGAAAGUAUUCGGACGGCACAUGGGCGACUGGGUGGAAGACCAGACGAAGAAGGGCUGGUUGACCUCGAUCUUCGAAUUGGGUGCCUGGAUGGGCUGUCUCUACUCAGGUUUCAUAGCCGAGACUCUUUCACGCAAAUAUGCCAUCGUUCUCAAUGUCGGCUUGUUUGUCAUCGGUGUGAUCGUGCAAAGCUGUGCAAUUGUAGCUGGUUACUCUGCCAUUCUUGGCGGCCGCUUCGUCACUGGACUCGCAAUCGGUGCAAUGUCCGUCAACGUGCCCAACUACAACGCUGAAGUUGCACCUCCCGAAGUCCGCGGCAGCCUUGUCGGGCUCCAACAACUCGCUAUCACCGCUGGCAUCAUGGUAUCGUUCUGGAUCGACUACGGCACGAACUACAUCGGCGGCACAGGCAAGACCCAAUCCGAAGCUGCGUGGCUCCUCCCAAUCUGCCUGCAACUAGUCCCCGGGCUCGCCCUCGGUAUAGGAAUGCUAUUCAUGCCCUUCUCCCCCCGUUGGCUCCUUCACCACGGUCGUGAGAAGGAAGCCAGACACGUCCUCUCCUCUCUCCGCGGACUGAGCGAAGACCACGAGCUGAUCGAGCUCGAAUUCCUCGAGAUAAAAUCCCAGUCCGUGUUCGAGAAACGCAAUAUCGCAGACAAAUGGCCGCACCUCGUCGAACUCAAACCCUGGAAUGUCUUCAAGCUGCAAUUCGUAGCCAUUGCGUCUUUGUUUCGCACGAAGGCGAUGUUCAAGCGCGUCAUUGUCGCCACAGUCACUAUGUUCUUCCAACAAUUCACAGGUAUAAACGCGGUGCUCUAUUACGCCCCCUCCAUCUUCACCGCCCUCGGCACAAGCAGCAACACAACUAGUCUGCUCGCCACAGGUGUUGUGGGCGUCGCCAUGUUCCUCGCUACCGUGCCCGCAGUACUCUAUAUCGACAAGCUAGGCAGGAAACCCGUAAUGCUUGUCGGUGCGGCGGGGAUGGCUGCCUGCCACUUCAUCAUCGCGGCCAUCUUCGGGACGUGCUAUAAAGACUGGGCGGCGCAUAAGACUGCGGGAUGGGCGGCUUGUGUGUUCGUGUGGUUGUUUGUGGUAAACUUUGGGUAUAGCUGGGGUCCUUGCGGCUGGAUCAUCAUCUCAGAAGUGUGGCCCAUAUCCAACAGGGCGUACGGCAUCGCUCUCGGCGCUUCAUCGAAUUGGAUGUCCAAUUUCAUCGUGGGACAAAUCACCCCUGAUAUGCUGGAGUCCAUGAAAUACGGGACAUUCAUAUUCUUCGGCCUGCUGGGCUGCGUGGGCGGGUUCCUGUUCAUCUGGUUAGUUGUGCCUGAGACGAAACGGUUGACGCUUGAGGAGAUGGAUCUGGUGUUUGGGAGUAAGGGCGUCGCUGAGGCUGAUGCUAAACGCCAAGCUGAGAUCAACGAGGAGAUUGGGCUAACCGACGCACUGAGAGCGAUGGGUAUGGGUAAGGAAGUCGAUGGUGGCGUCGUCGUGGAAACUUCGAGUGAAGAGGAUGAGAAGGGUGGCAAGGGCCACGUCGAGCUGGUGGAAGAGGGUGCUUGA